AUGUUUUACAGGAUGAGAUUGAAUGAGAACACUAAAAUCCUUGGAAGCAAAAUCGUUCUUGUUCCCUAUGAGAAGGAACACGUCCCUAAAUACCAUAAAUGGAUGGAAGAUGAGGAAUUGCGGAGGCUCACUGGAUCUGAGAGAUUGUCCCUUGGUGAGGAAUUUGAAAUGCAGCAAAACUGGCGGGUUGAUGACGAUAAGCUGACUUUCAUCAUUUUAUCUAGAGCGAGAUUGGACCGCGGGUGUUCAGAGGUCGAUAGCAUGAUUGGCGAUGUCAACCUGUUUCUGAACGUUGAAAGCGAAGCUGGUGAGUUAGAAGUGAUGGUGGCCGAACAGAUGGAACGAGGAAGCGGUGCUGCUACCGAAGCAAUUUCUCUUAUGAUUGCUUAUGUUGUGAAGGUACUCCACGUAGAGCGAUUCUUCGUUAAAAUCACAGACGACAAUGCAGCCAGCCUGCAUCUAUUCGAGAAUAAGUUGAAAUUCCGACAAGUUUCUCAUAGCGAAGUUUUCGGGGAAUUCACUCUUGAAUUACCCUUAUCAGAAGUUGAACAGUUUAGGGAACCAACUUACAAACUUGUGGUUGCGCCUUAUAGGAGUUACAGUUAG